GAUCACCCGACAAAGGACCACCCCACAAAGGACCACCCCACAAAGGACCACCCCACAAAGGACCACCCCACAAAGGACCACCCCACAAAGGACCACCCCAUAAAGGACCACCCCACAGAGUACCACCUCACAGACAACCACCCCGCAGAGGACCACCUCACAGACAACCACCCCGCAGAGGACCACCUCACAGACAACCACCCCGCAGAGGACCACCUCACAGACAACCACCCCGCAGAGGACCACCUCACAGACAACCACCUCACAGACAACCACCCCGCAGAGGACCACCCCGCAGAGGACCACCUCACAGACAACAAACUCACAGACAACCACCCCGCAGAGGACCACCUUACAGACAACCACCUCACAGACAACCACCCCGCAGAGGACCACCCCGCAGAGGACCACCUCACAGACAACAAACUCACAGACAACCACCCCGCAGAGGACCACCCCGCAGACAACCACCUCGCAGACAACCACCCCGCAGAGGACCACCCCGCAGACAACCACCUCACAGACAACCACCCUGCAGAGGACCACCCCACAGAGGACCACCUCACAGACAACCACCCCGCAGAGGACCACCCCACAGAGGACCACCCCACAGACAACCACCCCGCAGAGGACCACCCCACAGACGACCACCUCACAGACAACCACCCCGCAGAGGACCACCCCGCAGAGGACCACCUCACAGACAACCACCCCGCAGAGGACCACCCCGCAGACAACCACCCCGCAGACAACCACCCCGCAGACAACCACCUCACAGACAACCACCCCGCAGAGGACCACCCCGCAGACAACCACCUCACAGACAACCACCCCGCAGAGGACCACCCCGCAGACAACCACCUCACAGACAACCACCCCGCAGAGGACCACCCCACAGAGGACCACCUCAUAGACAACCACCCCGCAGAGGACCUCCCCGCAGACAACCACCCCGCAGACAACCACCCCGCAGACAACACCCCGCAGACAACCACCCCGCAGACAACCACCCCGCAGACAACCACCCCGCAGACAACCACCCCGCAGACAACCACCCCGCAGACAACCACCCCGCAGACAACCACCCCACAGACAACCACCUCACAGACAACCACCCCGCAGACAACCACCCCGCAGACAACCACCUCGCAGACAACCACCUCGCAGACAACCACCUCACAGACAACUACCCCGCAGACAACCACCCCGCAGAGGACCACCCCGCAGACAACCACCUCACAGACAACCACCCCGCAGAGGACCACCCCACAGAGGACCACCCCGCAGAGGACCACCCCGCAGAGGACCACCCCGCAGACAACCACCUCACAGACAACCACCCCGCAGAGGACCACCCCCGCAGACAACCACCUCACAGACAACCACCCCGCAGAGGACCACCCCGCAGACAACCACCUCACAGACAACCACCCCGCAGAGGACCACCCCACAGAGGACCACCUCACAGACAACCACCCCCGCAGAGGACCACCCCGCAGACGACCACCCCGCAGACAACCACCCGCAGACAACCACCCCGCAGACAACCACCCCUCAGACAACCACCCCUCAGACAACCACCCCGCAGACAACCACCCCGCAGACAACCACCUCACAGACAACCACCCCGCAGACAACCACCCCACAGACAACCACCUCGCAGACAACCACCUCACAGACAACCACCCCGCAGAGGACCACCCCGCAGACAACCACCCUGCAGACAACCACCUCACAGACAACCACCUCACAGACAACCACCUCACAGACAACCACCCCGCAGACAACCACCCCACAGAGGACCACCUCACAGACAACCACCCCGCAGACAACCACCCCGCAGACAACCACCUAACAGACAACCACCCCGCAGACAACCACCUCACAGACAACCACCUCACAGACAACCACCCCGCAGACAACCACCCCACAGACAACCACCUCACAGACAACCACCCCGCAGACAACCACCCCACAGACAACCACCCCGCAGACAACCACCCCGCAGAGGACCACCCCACAGAGGACCACCUCACAGACAACCACCUCACAGACAACCACCCCGCAGAGGACCACCCCGCAGACAACCACCUCACAGACAACCACCCCGCAGACAACCACCUCACAGACAACCACCCCGCAGACAACCACCCCACAGACAACCACCCCGCAGAGGACCACCUCACAGACAACCACCCCGCAGAGGACCACCUCACAGACAACCACCCCGCAGAGGACCACCCCACAGAGGACCACCUCAUAGACAACCACCCCGCAGAGGACCACCCCGCAGACAACCACCCCGCAGAGGACCACCCCGCAGAGGACCACCCCGCAGAGGACCACCUCACAGACCACCCCACAAAGGACCACCCCACCGAGAACCACCCCACAAAGCACCACCCCACACAGGACCACUCCACACAGGACCACCGCAGACACCUACCCAACAGAGGACCACCCCACUGA